GAGCAUGAGCCUUGGAGGAGGAGCAUGCCGAACAAGGAGACAGAGUUGUGCUGGUGGUAAGAGGUAGAUUGAACCUUUGAAGCAUCAAGGAGGUGGUACGAGAAGAGGGGUGGCCCAACCUGGCGUGCCAAAGUUGUGCAGAGGUUCUAACAGUAGAAAAAACUUGUGGGAAGAUAGAAGAGGGCACUGCAGCCGCAUGAAAAACAUAUAAGUCAUUCUCAACAUGCCCCUGAAGUAUUGUUUCCUGGGAACAUGCAUCCUUCACAAAAAAAGAGAGAGGAAUGAAAUUCAAAAAAUGCAUUGGUGUCACGACAAAACUGACGGAUAGAAAGAAGAUUGCCAGAAAUAGAGGGAACAUGAAGAAGAUUUGUGAGAAGAAAUUUGCCAGUGUUUGAGCUGAGGUGAGCGGAUCCAACAUGCUGUAUGGGAAUACUAGAACCAUCUCCGAUGCAUACUUGAUCUGAGCCCUGAUAAACACUUGAAUCCACAUUAAGAUUAGUAAUAUCAGAAGUAAAAUGAUGCGUUGCAGCUGUGUCUGGGAACCAUGUAUUUGAAGGAGUAGGUGAUGUGUUAAGGGCCGUGUAAUUGGCAGCAAAAGCAGCAGGUGGUUGAGUCGGAUAGGAGUGAUCAUAUCUAUGAUAGCAGGCAGCAGCCAUAUGACCAGGUUUGUUACAAACCUGACACAUAGGACGAGAGAGUCAGGGUGAGGAGAGAAGAAAUGAGAGGGCUGUUGAGGUGGGAGUGGAGCAGGUAGAAUACCCCUCCCUUAGCUACGACCGCGAUGUCCCCUACAAAAAUUAUUCCCACGACCAUGGGAAGCAUUAUUGGGAGGUGUAAAUUUAGUGGUAUUAUGUGCGGCUAUGGUGGUGCCUGAAAGCAGGGAAUGAGUUUGAUGUGAAAGCCUAGAUUCAUGGUUCAAAAGGUAGCUAAAAAUCUGGUGGGGAGAGAGGGCGUCUGGGCGAGUGGUCAGAGAGGUAACCAAACUCUCAUAUUCAGUACCCAGUCCAGCUAGAAGAUAAAUAGCUAGUUCUGAAUCAUCUAGAGGAUGGCCAGCGGCACUUAAGGUUGAGGCAAGAGACCUUGCUUUAUUGUAAUAAUCCGUAAUGGAUUCAGCAUCUUUUUUAAGAGUAGCUAGCUGAAACUUGGUAUGGAUGAGAUGUGCUGAAGACUUAGCAGCAAACAGGUUUUGUAAGGUCGUCCAAACCUGACAGGAGGUAGAACAGUCCAAAACUUGUGCCAAGACCGAAUCAGAGAAGGAAGAGUUGAUGAUGGAGAUUAUCAACUUGUCCUGUAAAUGCCACUGAGUAUGAGCCGGAUUAGGUUUAUCAUUAAGUAUAGCAGAAGGUUGAGGGAAGGAACCAUCAACAUAGUGAAAGAGUUGAUGCCCUUCCAGGUUAAUAAUGCUGGAGUUAGUGGUGCUGUAGUUGAUGAGGAAGGCCUAAGGGCCUUAAACAUAGAUCCCACAUCAUGGCUCUCAGGAAAGGCUGCCAACUUGGUUCAAGGAGUUAUCAAACAUACUGUUGAGAAGGCAGAAGAAUGCUUGAAUACCAAUUACUAUGGUGUGAAAAGGCUAACAGAGGCUCUCCUCCCACUAUUACAACUUUCCCCUGCAGGAGCAAGGGUAGUCAAUGUGAGCUCCCUCAGGAGUGAACUAAGGAAGCAUCACUUUAAGCAGAGGAUUCCAGGUGAGCAUAUAAGAAAAGAACUGGGAGACAUAGAGACCCUAACAGAAGAGAAAGUGGAUGCGAUUUUAAGAAAAUUUCUUCAUGACUUGAAAGAAAAUGCACUUGAAAGCAAUGGAUGGACAUUGAUGAUGCCUGCUUAUAGCAUCUCCAAGGCCAGCCUCAAUGCCUACACUAGAAUUCUUGCCAAGAGGUAUCCUUCCAUGUGUAUCAAUUGCGUUCAUCCUGGCUUUGUCAAGACGGACUUGAACUGGAACACAGGAAUAAUGACUGUAGAAGAGGGGGCUAGAGGCCCAGUAAUGCUGUCUCUUUUACCUGAUGGUGGCCCUACAGGAUGCUACUUCGAUUGUACUCAAGUUGCCGAGUUUUGAUUUAUAGUCGUUUUCCUUUCACAGCAAGUCAAGAUUUAAAUAAGUUACCAUUCCGCUACUGAAAGUACCAUUACGUUCUGCUUCAAAGUUGAAAAUGUGGCUGAAGGUUUAUCUUUUAAGUCUUUUGCAAAUAAAUUAUUAAGAGCACUGAUUAUGCAAAUGCGAAGCCAACGGGGUGUUUGGCUAAUAAAGUCUCAAAAUGUAUUGCAUUGGAUUA